AAUGAAAAUGGCUGCUAUGGGUUUCAUACCUGGCGACGGCGAGAGAAAACAAGCGGGAGAGGAUGCAGAGAGCUCAGAGAGGAGUGGCAAUGAAGAGGAAAAUGAGGACCUGUCAUGUGAAGAAGGAAGUUCCGGGAAGGUCGAAGCCGGUUCGUUGAAGCUCUGUGUUGCCGUGAGCUCGGCCCAGACCAAGAAGAAGAAACACAAGCACCGCAGCAAACACAAGCGACAGAAGCACAUCUCCCCAGAGGUCAAGGAGCGGCGCCACGGGCACCGGCACAAGCACAAGAGGCACAAGCGUAAAGACAACCCCUCAACCUACGUCUUCUCAAACUGUGGCGAUGACGACGCUUCCCUGUACUCCUCCUCUGCCAAGCACCCAAGACUGGAAGAUGAUGAGAUGGCACUUCUGGAGGAGCUGGAGAAACAGAGGGCCCUGAUCCAAGCCGAGCUAGACGGUGAACUGACUGAGGGGGGCAGGGGGGUACAGUCGGACGUGAGGCUCAUACUCCAGGGCUCUGAAGAGGAGGAGGAUGGGGAGCUUCAGGUGGAGAGGGAGCACAAUGGGCAGCACUGGUGUAUAGGGGCAACAGGUCCCGGGUCCGGCUCACAGACCGCUAAGGACACCUGUAGAGGACGGCGAGAGUCGACAGAUGCCGGAAAAGCUAAGCAGAGCAAUCCCAAUAAAAAUGCCAGGAAAAGCAGGACAGACGGGAAGACUAAGGAUCGGAUGAGAGGACGGAGCACGUCCAGGGAUAGAGACGGCAGAAGACAUUCCAGGAGUUCAGUGUGCUUUAGGUCUCCUCCUGGCACCAGCAAGCAGCCUUCCCCACCGGCUCAGAGCAGAGGAGCCCAAAACCAGGAGCCCAGCGGCAGCAACCACAAGUCACCCGAGCACUACAAGGCCAGGUGGCCAGAUAAGGAAGGGGACAAGGACAAGAAGGCGACCAAGUCCCCCGCCAAGGACGCUUCCUCUGGGAAGGAGAACCGCUCUCCAGGCCUGCGAGUGAGGCCGCCAGGCCCCUCCCUCCAGCUGCAGCACAGCACGUCCCCAUCACAAUGUCAGAACUCCCUGGACUCAUCCUCAGGCCCCCAGGCAGCUGAGCGAAGGGCCAUGUCACCGUCACCACCCAGAGGGGGUCACCCACGCUCCCCGGAGAGUCGAAGGAGAGUGAUUGACCGACUGAGACUUCCACCUGGCAGGAUGUGGAGCCAGGAAGAGGCAGGAGUCCGUAGGGACACUAGCCCGGCCCAAGAUGCCCGGCGACGGUCCAGCAGGUCACCAUUCAGGAGGAGAUCGCGCUCUCCCAGGAGAUGCAGCAGGUCACCAUUCAGGAGGAGGUCGUUGGAUCGGUUGGGACGGAGGCUGCGGUGGCCUUCCAGAUCCCAGGAGAGGAGAUGGAGCCGGGACAGAGAGGACAAGUUCAAAGGCAGCCUCUCGGAGGGAAUGAGGGUCGACAAGGAGGACUCUGAAGAUGAAGUGCUGGAAGAUUACGAUGUGGAUGAGGAGGACGAGGAGGCUCUCAUUGAACAGAGGAGGCUACAGCGCCUGGCCAUCGUCCAGAGGUACAAGGGAGGGAACGAGGGUAGUAACAUGUCGGCACCAUCGGAGCCCGGCAGCCCCCAGAGCAGCCCACGCAGCCGCUCGCCGUCGCCAGACGACAUCUUGGAGCGCGUGGCGGCCGAUGUCAAAGAGUAUGAGCGGGAAAACGUGGACACCUUCGAAGAAAACAUCAAGGCAAAGCACAACCUCAUCGAACAGGAAAAAGACGAAGGAACCAACCAGAAAAAAACAUCCGCCCCUGAUAUGUUCACUGAAUCCGAUGACAUGUUCGCCGCCUACGAUAGUGCAAGGCUUCGAGCAGCAGGCUUUGGGAAGGACUUUAAGGAGAACCCCAACCUCCGAGACAACUGGACAGACGCAGAGGGCUACUACCGACUAAAUAUCGGGGAGAUACUGGACAAGCGGUACAGCGUGUACGGCUACACGGGCCAGGGGGUGUUCAGCAAUGUCAUCCGCGCCCGAGACGUGGCCCGCGCCAGCCAUGAGGUGGCCAUCAAGAUCAUUCGGAACAACGAGCUCAUGCAGAAGACUGGGCUGAAGGAGCUGGAGUUCCUUAAGAAGCUCAACAAUGCUGACCUGGACGACAAGUUCCACUGUCUGCGGCUCUUCCGACACUUCUACCACAAGCAACACCUCUGUCUGGUCUUCGAGCCUCUCAGUAUGAACCUGCGCGAGGUGCUGAAGAAGUAUGGCAAAGACGUGGGCCUCCACAUCAAGGCGGUGCGCUCUUACAGCCAGCAGCUCUUUCUGGCCCUGAAGCUGCUGAAACGCUGCAACAUCCUGCACGCCGACAUCAAACCUGACAACAUCCUGGUCAACGAGUCGAAAACCAUCCUCAAGCUCUGUGACUUUGGUUCAGCGUCGCACGUGGCAGAGAAUGACAUCACGCCCUACUUGGUCAGCCGGUUCUACAGGGCGCCGGAGAUUAUCAUCGGGAAGCCUUACGACUAUGGGAUCGACAUGUGGUCCGUUGGCUGCACUCUGUAUGAGCUGUACACGGGCAAGAUACUUUUCCCAGGGAAAACCAACAACCACAUGAUUAAGCUCGCCAUGGACAUCAAGGGCAAGAUGCCCAACAAGAUGAUCAGGAAAGGCGUGUUCAAGGACCAGCACUUUGACCAGAACCUCAACUUCCUGUACACAGAAGUAGACAAAGUCACUGAAAGGGAGAAGGUGACAGUGAUGAGCACCAUCAACCCCACCAAGGAGCUGCUGGCUGACAUGGUGGGCUGCCAGCGUCUCCCUGAAGACCAGCGCAAGAAGGUUGCCCAGCUCAAGGACCUGCUGGACCUGACCCUUAUGCUGGACCCGGCCAAGAGGAUCAGCAUCAACCAGGCCCUGCAGCACCCCUACAUCCAGGAGAAGAUCUUCUGAGCAUCUCUUACUGUCCCACUCACAGUCAUGCAUUGAUUGAUUGACACAUCCAGAAGCUAGUACUGAGUCCCUGGUUUGACUAUGGUUGGACCCCACCCAGCCCAAGAAAUGGAUUUAUUUGAGCUGGCAGACUGAUGGAGAGGAAGUAGUAUUAUCUUUCUUCCCCUGUUUGAACAACACACACAUCCCGUUUAACAUUGAUCUAAGGACUUGUAUUAUAUAACCAUAGUAGGGGUGUGAACAUUCAUAUGUUUAAUCGAAAGUGUUUUUUUUUCUCUACAAAAUUUAAAUCCCAGUGCAGUUAUCACAAAACUACCACUAACAGGUCCUGAUCAUCAUAAAGGGAAUAGGCCUACCUAGCACAACAAUGCUGUAACGUUAGUAAGAGGGGAUAUGCAUCCGCACGUCAUCGUCGUUAACAGUUUGAAAGAAAGUGCUUAUUACAGUUGGUAUGCAUCUGCUUCCAAAGGCCUAUUUGAGUUGUGAGGUCAUUUGUUAAAUGAAGAACUGCAAACGCCAUUUGAGCAUCGACUCACGCUACUGAAACGGGUGCGUCUUUCUCAUAAAUUUCACAGUUUACUCCCAUUUCAACAGGGUGUUAUUCCUUUUAUAAUGGUAGUUGAGACAUAUAGUUAACAGCAUUAGAAAGCUAAAAUUAUUCCCUUUUUAACCAACCUGUAUUUAGUGGGAUUUCUUUUGCCCUGUGUUUUAUUUGUGAGCUUAAACCUGGUGGCAGGCUUUUGUUAAUCAUGAAAUAAAGUAGGCCCCUAGACUAUUGAAUACACAAUUUGCCUUCAUCAACAUAAUGCUUUUGUUUCAUAUUUUAUUAUGGAACCUGCCUAGGUUUAGGGGGGGUUGUAACCUAUUCUAAAUGAAACACUAUAGCAGUUCACAAAAAAGCCUAAAAUAGCACUGCAGUUAUUCCAAAUCUACAGCGCGUGGCUGGAACACAUUUCCCUACGUUAAUCAACCAGUCCAUUUUGAAUUUGUGAUAAAGCUGUCGUGAUUCGGCAAGGAAUGUAGUUUGUCUACAGUUUUGUUUGUGUAUCCCAUCAGUUCGAUACAUUUUUAUAGGCGUUAAUACUAUGAAACUACUAUUAUGAUAAUGCCCUUUUAGUGUAAGAGCUGUUUGAGAAGACAGCCUGAAGUUUCAACCUGUUUCGGUGAGAUGAAGUUUUGGCCUGCCUAUUUGGCCUAUUCCAGAUGCCACCUACUGUAAGCCCACGGUAGAACUUAAUUUCCCCCUAGCGGUCAUACCAUGCAAUAUGAUUUGACAUGGAAUUUUGUUAAAUGUUCUUAUCGUUUUAACGGGGGGGAAACUUUUUUUUUUUAAAUUGCAGUUUGAACGUUAAGAAAUAUUUUCCAUUUGUCACAUCCCUAAACCAUAGUAGGGCUCCAAGCAGAAUGCCUGCUUUACAACAUAUUUUCCAUCUCUGCCUACCUGCAAGUCAGAUAAGAAACUUAUAAUGAUGCAUAACUAUCUCAUGGACAGUAAGGCACUCAUAAAGAGUUAGAGAUUCAUCCACUUGGAUUUUCAGUUUUUGAUUGGCCCCUUGCAGGUGACUGAAGGUGGAUGAUAUUGUAGCUGUAAAAAUAUAAUUCUGAUGGUUGGAGUUUACUGUCAUUCAUGAGUUGCCAAGGCUGUGACGAGCAGGGAGGGGGUCCAGAUAAUGAUCACAGUUAUUUAACUUGGGCUUUGUUUGAUUGGUCGCAACCCAAUGCCCUAAACCUUUUGAAUGGGAUGUUUGUACAGUCUGUAGAAGGUGAAGUCUUGCAGACUUCUUUGACUUACUAUUAUUCUGUGCGGUUAUUACCUGUCAUGCCCUGUGUUGUGUUGUGUUGUGGUGCAGGGCCAGUGUAAAUGCUAUUUAUAUCUACGUCUCCCCCAGGUAUUGAAAACCCACCCCGUCCCCCACCCUGGUGUCUGUGCAGGCCCUGGUCCGCAUGCCCGUUCUGCCGCUGCCUGUAGGUCUGUCAGUGCUGAAAACCCAAACUGUUGGGGGUCCUUGGGUCCUACUUGAGCCCACCUGCAGGGAUGGCCGCUCAUGUUUAAAGCAGAUUGUAUACCACUUUCAGUACAUUGAAGGUAAGCUAUCCCCCCUCUUCCAAAAAACAAACCCCAUCAACUUCACCUGGUUAUUACCUCCUAUGUUUAUUUAUUUUUAAAAUAGAAUUUAAUAUUGUACACAUUGUUUUAGCCAGAUGCCCCCAUAGACAUGGUUUACAUGUUUAAAAAUAUGUCAACGACAAACUGGAUAAAAGUAAACUUAAUCAAGUCACGCACCCAAAUUGUGGAAAGGAAGUUGGGUCGGGUAUGGGGGGGCUGCAUCCAACAAGCUAUGAUGGACAAGAGCACCUUCAGUGUACUUAUCUUAAUGGAACAGCUCAGAAUUUCUUGCUCUCCUGUAACGAAUACCUUUUUGUUUUUCAUGUGUUCCCUUGAUACAAUGUUAGAAACUGCAUGUGAGGAUGGCAGUCUUGCUCUGUAUUCAAACUCAUGUGUUGCAAUUAUUUUAGGCAUGUUCCUCUAAAAAUAAGGAUAUUUAAGUGUUUUGUUUCCCUCUAUCAUUGGUUUUCAUGUUUUGUAUGACCAUGUUGUCUUUUGAUACAGGGAUAUUUCUUCUCUGAGCUUUGAGUCUGCUUGUUAUGAGCGGUAAUUGCCUCUACUUUAUUUUGUGUUAUAUAUUUUAAUGUUCUUAUAGGAGCAAAACAGAAAUAAAAGAGCCCACACAUGUGUAGCUGAUGGAGAAUGUAUGCCUUUUCCACAAAUGUCUUCCCUACAUACUCAUGCCAACGUUCAGGCCCCUUUAAGUGUCUUACAAUUAACCGAAAUUCUGUAUUUUUAAAACUAAUCCACAAACCUUAACUAGAAUACUUUUGUUUUCAUCAGCUUUUUGUGCAGUUUUUAGGCUGGAAUCCCAACUUGAUUUGUGCGCAUAACUUGACGAACACAGAUCUCAAGUUAGGAUUUGGCACUUGUAUGCUAAAUUUAGUUUCAAACCAAAUAAGCAAAAUACUUUUUUUUACUGACACUAACUGAUGUUUGAUGUUUUUCCCAACAAUGGUGUUUCCUGUGGUGGCUGAGAGCGAGACAGAGCCCAGCACCUUCUCCAGCCUGGGCUCCCCUUUCAGAGAGACAAGACCUCCACAAAGCCACUUAUCAAGGUCAUUUUUGAUGGCAUGGGUAGAUACAAAAAGCAAACAACACUGGGGUGAUAGAAAAGACAAGAUGGGGAAUCACUUUCACUUAUUAUUUUAUUAAAUGCAUUUAUAAUAGACACUCAUAAUAACAUACCUUAAAAGUUUGUUUCCAUACGUUUUCUCUCACAAUACUUUUAUGGCCUCCUUCCUUUUCUCCACAUGACAUCUACUCUUUCUGGUUAAAAAUAGAAUUCCACGCUGCUCAUAUACCUGACUGUGGAUGUUUGGUUAAUCAUAUGGCUCUAAACUAGUUCCAGAUUGCUACAAGCAAGGCUUCAGGUAUCUUGUCUUUUAACUGUGUUAAAGUUGAACCAAGAUACUUUUCAUUUGUUCUCUAUAUAUUCUAGGUGCUGCCACUUUAGAGAAGAAACUCACAAGGAACCUCAUCUGGACAAAGGUUUCUGUUCUGGAGAUAGUUACUGUAUUUGUAAAGGUGGAGUCGUCAAUAUGACAAUCAUACAAAACGGGGCAAAUUACUGCAUACAACAACAGUAUUCAAAUCUUCUGAGAUUGCUACUUUAGGCUUUUCCCAAUCUGGGCUAGGCUCAAGGGAGGGUGCAGAUUGGGAAGAGACAAUUCGUUUUGGCAUAUUUCUUAUUCUGUUUUUUUUUAAGCAGAAAGAAGCCCUGCUGUGUAUGAUGUAAUUUUGAUAAGUCAACCUUUUAUAGUCAUGAUGUCAUGAUCUGAUUUGUUGUUCUUUUUCAAACAUGUUAGCAGAAACUACUGUAGUUACCAUAAGGAGCCCGUAUUGGACACAUUGGGUGAUAUUUUGGACCCAUUAUAGACAUUUGGGAUUUGUUCAUGAACUCAAUGCAUUGCUUAUGGAUUCUGAGCAAAGCGAAAUAGAUGGCAAUCGUAUUAGGUCAUUUAGAUUGAACAUAUGUUACAAUUUGGCUAAAUCUAUGCCAAAGUGACCAUCAACAAUAAGGUAAUACCUUUUCUUGUUAUUGAUAAAUAUGGCCAGAUUCAUAUCACUGUGUUAACGUUGCAAUUUUGUGUUUAUUUUUCAGGGUAAGUCAGAACUUAUUUUCCCUGUCUUGGUUUCAUCUGUCUCCUUUUUCUGCUUUGGUGCCCAUGUAAGACUCAAGGCCAGAGAGAUGUUCAACAAUGGGCCCUGUGGAUAUUUCUCAGAAACAUUUUAAAACAGAUAUGUAUUAAAACAUAUGUAACACUUUUGUCCAUGUACUUAACUUUAUUCGUGUAAUCCAACCCAAAUAAUUGGACACCACUUUUUUCAAUAUAUGAUAAAACAUUAUGUAUAUUUUGUCAGCUGUUGAGAACAUAACUUGUAUUCAUUUUCACAUAAUAAACAUGUCAGUGAAAAAUA